GGAAGGGUGAGCCGGUAAGGAGGCCUUGAGAGAGAGAGCGGGCGGCAGCGAGUAUGGCUUCCAACAGUCAGGGUGCUUCGAAGGAUCGUGCCGCCCCAGCCUUGGCAGGGCCCGGGGCCGACAAGACCUGUGUCCUGUGCUGCCAGGAGCUGGAUAUUUACGCCGUGGGCAAGUGCGAUCACCCGGUCUGUUACCGCUGCUCCACCAAAAUGAGGGCCCUGUGUGGGCAGAAGUACUGCGCCGUCUGCCGCUUGGAGCUCGACAAGGUUGUAUUCGUGAAUAAAAUUGCUCCAUUUUCAACAAUAGUAACUCAUCAAUUCCACCAUGAAAAGAAAUAUGGCAUUUAUAUUGCUGAUGGAAAGAUUCAUACCCAGUUCAGGAAACUCCUGCAGCAUGACUGCUCAGUGUGUCUUGAGUCAAGACCCUUCAAUACUUUUGAAGAACUAGAACAUCACAUGAGGAAACAACACGAAAUGUUCAGUUGUAAACUGUGUGUAAGACAUCUCCAGAUUUUCACCUAUGAACGAAAAUGGUAUAACCGGAAGGAUCUUGCUCGUCAUCGAAUACAUGGUGACCCAGAUGAUACUUCACAUCGUGGCCAUCCUUUGUGCAAAUUCUGUGAUGAUCGUUAUCUAGAUAAUGAUGAAUUACUUAAACAUUUGAGGCGGGAUCACUAUUUCUGCCAUUUCUGUGACUCUGACGGUGCUCAGGAAUAUUACAGUGAUUAUGAUUAUCUUCGUGAUCAUUUUCGGGAGAAGCACUAUCUAUGUGAAGAAGGACGUUGUAAUACUGAGCAGUUUACUCAUGCUUUUCGUUCUGAAAUUGAUUACAAAGCACAUAAAGCUGCUUCCCACAGCAAAAACAGAGCAGAGGCCAGACAAAAUAGACAGAUUGACCUGCAGUUCAAUUAUGCUCCUCGACAUCAAAGGCGAAAUGAAGGUAUUUUGGGUGGAGAGGAUUAUGAAGAAGUGGAUCGAUUUAAUAGAAGAGGCCAAAAUAGAGGACAAAACCGGCGAGGCAGAUGGAAAUAUAACAGGGAGGAAGAAGAUCGUGAGGUUGCUGCAGCUGUUCGAGCAUCUAUAGCAGCACGAAGGCAAGAGGAAAAGAAGCAAGCUGCUUCAAAGGAAGCAGCUGAUAAUGGCAAAAAUAAUCAUGGUGAAAAGGAAAAGGAUGACGCAUGUAAUGCUAAAAGUGUAGUUAAGUCAACUAGUGAGACUACAGGUGUUAAAGAGUCUGCUAAAGGUCUGUCAAAGCAAGAGAAUUUCCAAGUGACUGCUGCACCUAAUCCAAGUUCUAAUCAUGUGAUUCCUGUCCGCCUAAAUGAAGAAGAGUUUCCUAGUUUGUCUGUCUCAACACGCGCUAGUAGCACAGGUCUUACUCCAACUUACACAUCUGCAGCUAAGAAAAAUACUACUUUUCAGGAAGAGGACUUUCCUGCUCUUGUGUCAAAAAUUAAACAGCAAAAACCCACAGCAUCAGCAACUGCGUGGACUAAUGCUUCUAGUAAAAGUGUUUUGAAAACAGUGCAUUCCAGUAGCAACAAUUCUAAUCAAGCUGUCAAAAAAUCUUCAACGAAUCACAGUACCAAAACAAAAAAUAAAGCUGCUUUAAAAUCCGAUGGGGAGGAUGAGGAAGAUGGUACUGGCUUGACAGCCCAAGAGUUCAGAAGUGCACCCACAAUGUUAGAUAUUUCCUCUCUAUUAACUCAUUCAACACAAACUGUCUCUAAAGUUGGUAAAAAGAAAAAGAUUGGGGGAGAAAAGCAAAAUUCAUCACCAGCUCCAAUUACUGAACCAAAUGUAGCUAAUGUUCAAAAGGAGAAUGUUCCAGAAAUUAAACAGAAGACCUUGCCAGUCACCCAUGUAUUGAAUGGUCACACUGACAAACUAUGUACUGUAAAUGCAAGCACAUGCACAAUAAAGGAACCACCAGGGUUUAAGAAGCCUGAAGAUAGUUUAAGUUCUUUACCUGAAGAAGAUUUUCCAGUGCUGGGAAACCCAGUUUUACCGAAGAAUCCACCUCCAGGUUUUAACAAGUUAUUACCAGUGAAGAGCCCACCAUCCAAUCUUCCUCCUCCACCAGGAUUGUCUGCCCCUGUUAGUAAACCCCCUCCUGGCUUUACUGGUGUCCCUCUGAAUUCAAACAUCAGCGAGCCUAUGAUUCCAGCACCAAAACAGUCUUCACCUUCAUCAAAUAAUUACCUCAUUCCGGAGAACUUUCAGCAGAGGAACGUUGAGUUAAUCCAGUCCAUAAAUACAUUUUUGCACAAUGAUGAAACAAAAUUCAACAAGUUUAGGACUCAGUCUGGGCAGUUCAGACAGGGUCUGAUUUCUGCCACAGAGUACUAUAAGAGCUGCCGAGAAAUUUUAGGAGAAAAUUUCCUGAAAAUAUUUAAUGAACUGCUGGUUUUGCUGCCAGAUACAGCCAAACAGCAGGAGCUUCUAUCUGCUCAUAAGGACUUGAGAAUGCAGGAAAAACCAAUAUCAAACAAAUCAAAAAAGAACAAGAAAAAUGGAUGGCAAGCGUCCGUUACUUUUGAGCUCGACUGCCAGGUGUGUCCAACAUGUCAUCAGGUGCUGACCCAGAAAGACUUUGUUACCCAUAAAACUUCGCAUUUUGAGGAUGAUGAAUUUCCCACCUUACAAUCCGUGAGCAAAAUCAUCAGUUAAAAAAAUCAGUUCUUGUAUUGAAGACCCAGGAGGAAAACCCUAAUGGACCUGUAAUGAUGCACAUAGAUGGUAUUUGGAUACAAUUAUGGGCUUUAAGGGAAAACCUGGGGAAUGUGAUAGUAUGGUAUCUGGGUGAAAGGAAGGAAAUAGUAUCUCUGCAUUCUAGAAGCCUUGAUAAAAUACCAAAACCUGUUGCUAUACUAUCAUAGAAAGUACGCAAUGGUGCAUCAUUAUACACUUAAAUGUUGUUGGAAACUACUUCAUACAAUUGCAAAAUGCAGUAGUGAAGUAAGAAAUAUAACAAAGUGUCACUUUGGUGCAAAGGUAUUGAGUUGAAAUUGGCUGGUUUAAAAGCAGGUAAUCUGAAUACUUUGCAUAAACAUUCACUGAUGUACUCUUGACAGAUCAAAAGUGUACUAAAACAUUUGAAUUCGGUCUAUUAAUGUAAAACAAUGUUUUGGAAUUGGGUUUGCAUGCAGCUUAGUGCAGCAUCUUUUUGUAUCGUUUGUAGAUAUUAAUGCACUAAAUUUGUUCCAUUGAGUUUCCCAUUUGACAACUGAAAUUUCAGGAUAUAAUAUAAUGGUUUUGAAACUAGGAUCAAAUGCAGGAUAUUGCAUUGCUGCAUCUUUUUUUUCUUCUGAGUGCAUCAAUUUGUAGCUCAGAAGCCAGUCCUACAGUUAAGACUUUAUAUUCUGUAUUUAAGCAGCACUCCUUGCUGUCAGUGCAAUGAAUUAAAUUUUGAUUGCAUUUCCAUAAACUGCAUACUGCAAUAGAAACAGGCUCACAGGUAUUAAAUUUCAUCACUGUUCAGUAAAUUGUGGAGUCCUGUGAACUGAACAAUGGAAGUAAUGAUCAACAGCUGAAAAGCUGAGACUUCAAUAGCUGAAGACAGUUUAUCCUUGAAUAACUGACAGAGGCAAUAGCAUCCUGAUCUAUGGUGAUUAGUAUAUUCAUGGUAUCCAUGGUGGUGGAUUGGCUUUGCUUUUUGCUUGUAAUAUAUUUUGGCUAGUAGUGGUUCAUGUCUGUAUUGCUAUGGAAGUACUUUGAUCAGUACUUGUAUUCAUUAUGUAUCACAAUUAACUAUAUUGUAGUGCCUUUUUUGAGUUAAAGCUUUAAAAUAGCAUGCAUCUGCAAUCUAAAUUAAAGCUCGAGGUAGUAUACACCUUAUUGUCAGGAGUCACUUUAUUGUCAGUUUUAUUACUAUUUCAUUAUACAGUACCACUGUCCUGAAAAUUUUGACCUGUGCUUCCAUUUAAAAUUAAUUCUGCUAUUUUAACAGAUUAAAGUUGAUGGAAAAUAAUUUAACUAUGUGCCACUACUAUAUGUUUGAUCUCAUUUACUACACUCUUUAAAAGCAACUCUUCUGAGUUUCACUUUCAUCUAUUGCUGCAUUUUCAGUUGAUCUCCCACUGAAAUUCCUGGCCUUGUAACACGGAAAAUUGAUUUUUGAAUUUUGAAAGAGCUUGCUCACACCUAUUUUCAUUGUAGAUGAAUAUUUAUUGAUUAUUGUUUAAUCUCCAAGGAUCAAAGAUGGGUUGAUGUUUUGGGGCAUAGAUCCUUUUUUUUUCUUACUGGUACAGUGGGCCACAAUCUGCCACCCGGUCUUACCAUUGAUAUCAGUUGGUGGUGCAAUGUGCUCCAGUUAUGUUGAAUUGUUUUGUAAUUUCCCUUGGAAGAUGUACCAAGUUUUAGUAACAAAAACUAAAUAAUAAACUGCAGUAAAUAAGUUUUAUUCUAAUAAAUUUGAUUAACCUGUAAUUUAAAAGAAAUUAAUACAAAGUGAUCAAUGCAAGUGAAGUAUUUGCAACAAUCUGAAUGGGAACAGAUUUAAGUACUUUUAUUAGUAGUCCUUAAGUGCAUUUGGCAGUUUUAAGUAGGUAUUUGAGUAGAAACUUGCAGUGACUAGCUAUUGCAUAUGCAGUGAAUUACCAGGAUGAUGCCCCAUAGCACUGAAACUCUACCACUAAGUCUAGUGAACUAACUCUGAACCAGCCACCAUAAUAGUUUCUGCUGAACUGGUCAUUAUCAGUGUGUCUGCAAUGAGUACUAUUGAAGAGUAGUAGUAAUGGGUGAAUGUUCAAUAUUGAUGAUAUGUGGCUUUUGAUAAGAAAUCAUCAGUCUCCUGAACAAGACGAGACUCAAUUUGAAUCUUAUUCUCAACACUCUAAAACUGACAGAAGAAAGUUAUAAAUAUUUUAAAAACACAGUUGGGAAUUUAGAUAUGAAGGUGGCAAGAGAAGAUAGAAGUGCAGUAAAUUGAUGCAGUUAGCUGCUUUUCUCCUUUUUGAACUUUUGCAUUUGUACCAUCUUGAAGCUGAGAUUUCUGGUAAAUGUUUGCUUCUAGACAACUAAUAGUUUAAUACAUUGACAGACAUUUUGGCAUAAGUUCUAAUGUUUGUAAAACUUUCAAUAUUUGAAUUCAUCUACCAUGUUAUGUACAAUGUGCUGUAAAUGAUCAAUAGUGUGGAAAUGUAUUCCUGAACAUUAGUAAACUUUGAAACUAAACUAUGCUUCGGUUAUUAGAUUGUGAGACAUCUGGACAUGAAACAGAAUGGAAAAUAUAUCCAUGCAAUUCCUGCAUUUAAUUAAUGUUUCUUGAUUGAAGGCUGUUUGGCUCAAAAGAUAUAAACGAUAUAUCCUGGAAUUUCUGAAGGGUGCCAAUAAAGAUUGUUUAUGCAAUAUUAAUGCCAUUUGCUUGGUGUUGCAUUUUACAAAGAAUGGACAUGUGUUAGUUCUACUUUUAAUUACAAAGGGUAUACCACAUACUUAUAGAGAUGUUACCUGCAGUGUUGUUAAGGGUUGCUUAUGGUGAAUUAAAAAUUACAUUGGAUGUGUGGUCUUAUCAUGGGAGGACAUGCUUCAUUCACAAAGUGUAGAAACUGGGGAAAUGAAAUGGCCUGUCAGUACUUGCCAUAAAUAGCUAUUUGAAAACAAUUUCAGAAUUGCUGUAGUAACUGGUGUUCAGGAAUGAUUGUGGCACAGUUGGAGAGCAAUAUGUAAAAAGAGAAUCACAGCAGCAGAGCAUUUUAACAUCUGAGGGAGGUGAGUAGCACAGAUAAAGGGGCAUGAAAAUGUAACGUGGGUGUAUAAUAUGAUGAACUCUUGAUUUUUUUGAAGAUGUAUCAGGACCACAGAAAUGAGUCAUGGUGGCAUAGCCUAAACUCCAGAAAUUUUCAAGAAAGAACAUGUUCUGAUAGCAAUCAGGAGAACAAUCUUAAUUAUUCAAGUCCAUGGGUGGCAAUCUUUAGUCUCCAUUCCUUAAUUCCAAGUGGCUUGAACAAAAAGUUCUGACAAAUUAAAUGUCUCCUGAUUAUUUUUCCACUUCCCUCUAACAUCUGCUUCUGGAAAUGAAAGUGAUUGCCAAAGUAUUUGUUUUCCAUUUGCCUUUUAAAUUUCUAUUUAAAUGUUUGCAUCAAGUAUGCAAGUCAUGAUGCAGAAGAAAAAUAGCUAUUUCGCAAACUUUAGGAGUGUGAAUAAUGCUGAAACAUGAGCAUUAAGAAUUGUAAUAGGCAGAGCAUUGAGCUAAAGGUGCAUAUAUCGGUUUUCAAAAUCUCAAAUUUGCAACAAAUUAGUUGCUUAAGAAUUCCAUUGAAUCUUGCUGGGACAGGACCUCUCUUAAUCUCUACAUUUUAUGCUUUGGAUAUUUACUGGCAUUUCAGUUUGUUAACAUCCAGGCAAGAUCAGCUAGGCUUGCAGUAUAGUAGUGAAUAAUUCAUUGCACUUUGCCUACAGAUCUUUCAAUGCAUGGUACACCUAAUGAGGUAUUUUAUGUCCAAAUCUCAUGUAAUAAAUGGAAACAUUUUUUUGGCAGCAAUGAAUCAUUUUUGUAUCAAAACAAGGUUUUUGGAUAAUCUGUAAUAUUCACUGAUACUGGACUGUGGGGAGUUUAUUCCUUCAUUUAUUUUAAUUUCUGAGUGGAACAUAUUCUGGUUCAGGACAAUCCUGGCGUUCCCAAGCCAGAAAUAAUGGAUGAAUCUGGAGAUCCACUCUCAAGAAGUCUAGCACUGCAUCAUUCAGAUUGGCUGACCCUGCCCUUCUCAAGAUAUUGAGAUUUUCAUGCAGUUAUUGGGGAUAUCAAGAGUCAUUCCAAAUCCUUUACAAGAUUUGAGAUCAUUCUUAAGUGUAACGGUUACCCAAAUGCUAUUACAAUAACAGUGAGCUGGGUUUAAUUUCGCCACUAUCUGCAAAGAAUUUGUACGUUCUCUGUGUGGGUUUCCUCCAGCUGCUCUAAUUUCCUUGCAUUAGGGGUUAGUAGGAUAAUUGGUUAUAUGGAUGUAAUUGGGCAGUCUGGAAGGGCUUG